AUGUCGCUCAUUUCAUGCGGCAAUAUGGCUCUGACGGUCUCGACAUCGACUGGGAGUAUCCCGGGGCACCUGGAUCGUUGUGGAAAUCCAGACGAUACUGCAAAUUAUGUCCUACUACUCAAAACUCUUCGCGAGACAUUUGGUGCGAGUGGUAGUAAAUUUGGCCUAACAUUCACCACCCUAACUUCAUAUUGGUAUCUACGCUGGUUUGAUCUGCCUAAAAUGCUCCAAUAUGCAGACCGGAUCAGUGUGAUGACUUAUGACCUACACGGGUCAUGGAACGCUGAUAACCCAAUUGGAAAUAUUGUUCAGGGUCAUACAAACCUCACUGAGAUUAAAUUGGCCAUGGAAUUAUACUGGCGAGUCGAAAUCCCUCCUUCCAAGCUCGUUCUCGGCUUUGGCUUCUAUGGCAGAUCAUUUACACUAUCAGAUCCCAGUUACAAUUCUCCAGGUUGUACUUUCAGCGGUGCAUCGAAUCCAGGGCUUUGUUCCGCUACAGCGGGAAUACUUGCCUAUUACGAAAUCCAAGAGUUGAUAAAUCAACACAAAGCCCAAAAGAAGAUAGAGGCUAUCAGCCCCAUUCAUGAUCGAGAUGCUGCGGUUAAAUACUUCACAUUUGGCAAAGACCAGUGGGUCUCGUAUGAUGAUAAGGAUACCUUCAAGCAGAAGGUUGACUGGGCGAAUAGUGUUGGCCUGGGCGGAGCGAUGAUCUGGGCAUCAGAUCUUGGUGAGUACACUGACACCGCCUGA